GAAGUAUAAUACAGUAUGACGUUACAACCCGGAAGAAUUGCCCUCUUCUUGAUUAACGUUUGAAUAAACAAGAAUGACCAAUUUUUUUUAGGAAAACAUUGAAAGCGAUGUGGGAAACAAAAAUACUUUAUUUAACCUAAGAAAUACUGAUGACUUGUUUAGGGAGGUUAGGCGUAGAAAUGUUCGAAUGUGUGUAGCAACGCCCUAAUGUCAGCCACCUUGUUGGGAAAAAGAGCCCCGUUCUGUUUACAAAUCGGUAAGAAUUAUUGUUACCCUGCAGUGUGAGUGUGUUUGCUUUGACGAAGAAAAUAUGGCUGAAUUGCACGUUGUGGAACAGAGUGGUACUGGUACUAUAGAACAACCCGAGCACCGGGAUGUCCGAGGCUCUGUUCGAUUAGCUUCGCCUUCUCUUAUGGUUCCGCCGCGGAGUAGCUUGCCCACAAGUCCCGGUGUAUCGAGUAAUAGAGCAGUGUUUGGGUUCUCAAUGAAAAGCAACCCCAGUUCCCCGUUAGAGUCACCAGAGAAACCAGGAUCCCGUUGGGCUCGCCUCAAUGUUGGUGGAACCUACUUCGUUACAACCAAACAGACACUAUGCAGGGAUCCCAAAUCGUUCCUGUACCGAUUGUGUCAAGAAGAUCCGGAUUUGGACUCGGACAAGGAUGAGACAGGAGCUUACUUGAUUGACAGGGAUCCCACGUACUUUGGCCCAAUUCUGAAUUACCUGCGGCAUGGAAAACUGAUAAUGGACAAGAACUUGGCAGAAGAAGGUGUCCUAGAAGAGGCAGAGUUCUACAACAUUGCGUCCCUUGUGAGGUUGGUCAAAGAGAGGAUACGGGACAACGAGAAUAGGACAUCUCAGGGCCCAGUGAAGCACGUGUACCGGGUGUUGCAGUGCCAGGAGGAGGAGCUCACCCAGAUGGUCUCCACUAUGUCAGACGGCUGGAAGUUUGAGCAGCUUAUAAGCAUCGGCUCAUCCUAUAACUAUGGCAACGAGGACCAGGCUGAAUUCCUGUGCGUGGUUUCCCGGGAACUCAACAACUCCACCAAUGGCAUUGUCAUCGAGCCCACUGAGAAGGCCAAGAUCCUCCAGGAACGAGGUUCACGAAUGUGAACAGACUGCCAAGCCUGACCUCGCCAUUUCCAUGUGGCAUUUCCUGACAUCUUCUGCACCACCCCAGCCAUGAUCCAUCUACCUUGACCCUGCCAGCACCGUCAACACACCCCAUGACCUCCCCCUCUGGGGGUGCCUUUCCACUGUCGGGCGUCCCAUCCCCACUCCCCUAAAGUGCUGCAGCGUAACCCCAUGGUCAUUUUCUUUUUCUCUGUUAUAUUUGUGAACAUUUGAGGGAUUCCCGAAGAGGUGACAAUAGAGUAUUGGUAAAUGUAAUACCUGUUGUGCGUUGUUGGCUUUUGAAGAUUCCGGUUUUGCCCGCUUGGCAUAGCCCCCCACCUUAUCCAUAGUACCUUCACACAGAGCUAAGUCAUUGUCGCCAUUCAGGUCGUCACACAAGUUAAUGGGGAGCCCUUACCUGUUCUGUCCGCUUGUGUUGACACGGCGGAAAACUGUGAUAAUCUCCUCAGGACUUACAACAAAUAUAAAAAAAGAAAAAAAGAAUGCGGAGUGAUCUGCUUACUGUGACCGGCCCCCCCCCCCCACCAACCUUAAAAAUCCACCUAUGGGUUAAGGGGACGCCGAUAUCAAAAUGGACCACACUCUAGCCCUUCCACCUGUCCAGCUGAAGCUCCCAGGCACCGCAAGGUCUUCUUCUGGGAGGCUGAUGACCGCAGGGUGGG